AUGUACAAACAGAAUUUUCAAGAUAAUAUUAUUAAUGACAUAUUAGAUAACAGAAUAUUACAGGAAGAUAUUCUUACCUCUUCUUUGACAUUGUGUGAUGGUGCAGAAAGCUACAAUGUCCUCGGAAAGCUUGAAAGGGACCAUAUGCAGGAAUCAGCUGCAAUGCCUUCUCCUGACACCUGUGUUGCUGACGGAGGCUUCAUCAACGAAUUGCAGAGUAGCUCUUGUGGCAAUCCUGGAGUUCCACCAAAGGGAAUCUUGUAUGGUACAAGAUUUGAUGUUGGAGACAAAAUCCGAUACAGCUGUGUAACUGGAUACAUUUUGGAUGGCCAUCCUCAGCUUACUUGUAUAGCUAACUCUGUGAAUACAGCAUCAUGGGACUUCCCAGUUCCUAUUUGUCGAGCUGAGGAUGCUUGUGGAGGAACUAUGAGAGGAUCCAGUGGUAUCAUCUCCAGUCCCAAUUUUCCUAACGAAUAUCAUAAUAAUGCAGAUUGCACAUGGACAAUUGUGGCAGAACCUGGCGAUACAAUCUCACUCAUAUUUACAGAUUUUCAGAUGGAAGAGAAAUAUGAUUAUUUGGAAGUAGAAGGUUCAGAACCACCCACAAUAUGGCUCUCUGGAAUGAACAUACCUCCCCCAGUUAUCAGCAACAAAAACUGGCUCAGACUGCAUUUUGUAACGGACAGCAACCACCGAUACCGUGGAUUUAGUGCUCAUUACCAAGGUUCUUCCACUUUGAUCAAACCUGCCUCCACUGGUGAGUUAGAGGAGCGUAUUGCGGCCACUACUGGUGCCAUUACAGUUGAUAGCACAUCUGCUGAUGUUACUGUAUCCAGUGUCACCUCAGUGACCAUCUGUAGACAACCUACUGAAGAGCAACAAGUGCAAGCUAUGAAUCUAAGGAAAUCAGUUCUGGAAUCGGCCACUUCCGAGGAAGCAGUCUCCCUCCAUCAAGCAAACUUACAAAGCACCAGAAGARGACCAAGAAAUGCUGAGCAGAUAGAAAGAACUAAAGAACUUGCAGUUGUUACUCAUAGAGGUAACCGACAAUGCCUGAAAUUUCAGCUAAGAGACUGUAAUGUUGGAAUAUCUUAA